UUUAAAUGUUGAAUAAUAUUUUAGCCCAAAUUUAGUUUUAAUUAUUUUGUCCUAAUGAAGAAGUUUCAGAAAGGAUUCUGGAGAGAAUAUCAUCAUAGAAAAAUACAAAUAUAUGGCAAAAUGAAUGGAUAGGGAAUAUGCUCACACACAGAGGCUUUCUUGGACUAAUUAGAAUAAAUGAUGAAAACCGUUGAGGAGGACCACGUUUACAAUAAAUGAGUAUAAUUAUAAUGCUCAUAUACUCUGCAAUACCCCAUAUGACGCCCCUGAGCUCUCGUGUGGUCACAAUAUAGCAUAAAAUAAUCAUCAGUGAUUUAUUUAAUUUUUAUUAUCAUUAAAAUUAUUAAAUAUGGCGUUAUCAAUCAGUCGAAAAGAAGUUGAGGAUAUUAAACCGUAUUUGGAGAAGACUGUCUCUAAGUUCUUAGGGUUUAGGGAACCAUCACUUGUAACCACUCUUAUGCAUUGUUUGUCAUCCGGUUACGACAAGUACAAAACUGCAGAUAAACUUCGCUCGUCAUUAUUAGAUCCUGGUAAAGCUCUGUCUUUAACCGAUAAGGCAUUUGAUUUAGCUAAAGGAAUGACAAUGAAAGUAAAUAAUGUGACUAUAGCUAAUAAACGUCCUAUUAAAACGGAAUAUGAUGAAAAUAACAUUAAACGUAAAAAAGAAGAUCUGCCUAUUGUUAAAGAAGAAGCUCUUUCGAUGGGACAGAUAAAAGACAUGAUGUUAAAUGCACAAAAAAUGAUAGAAGAACGAAAAAAGGCUUUAUCUAUACCAUCUAUUGGUGUUCAAAAAAAUACUAAUGGCAAAGAUAAAAAACCCCAAAUAACAACAGAUUUUGAGAAACAAGCAAAAAUUGCUCAAUUGCAGGCUCAAAUACAGAAAAAGCUAGCUACUGGUAUUAUAAAAACAGUUCCAAGUGUACCUAAAACCUUAAAUAAUUCAUCUGCAGAAAAACCUACUCCUCUAAUUCUUGAUAGUGAAGGACGUACAAUUGAUAUAACUGGUAAAGAAGUUCAACUUACACAAGUUAUACCUACAUUAAAAGCUAAUAUUAGAGCUAAAAAGCGAGAAGAAUUUAAACAGACAUUUAGUGAAAAAUCUAAUGAUGAUUCGUCUGAAGUAAAGUUCUUUGAUUCACGAUUGACGAUAAAAUCAAAUAUUCGUACAAAACGAACUUUAAAAUUCCAUGAACCUGGUAAAUUUCAACAAAUUGCUGAUCGUUUACGAAUGAAGGCUCAAUUGGAAAAGUUACAAAAUGAAAUUUCGCAAAUUGCUCGUAAAACUGGCAUUUCAUCCGUGACUAAAAUGGCCUUGUUGGUACCUAAAGAAGAACAAUUAACUGAACAUUGUCCUGAUGUUGAAUGGUGGGAUAGUGUUAUUUUAGAUGGGGCUUCCUACUUAAAUGAUACUGGAACAGUUCAAUUUAAAAGAAGCAAUAUAACACAUUUAGUUGAACAUCCAUUACAAAUGAGACCACCAACUGAUCCAUUAAAACCGUUAUUUAUGCCUGUAUUUUUAACAAAAAAAGAAAGAAAGAAGCUUCGUCGUCAAAAUCGACGUGAAACAUGGAAAGAAGAACAAGAAAAAAUUCGUCUUGGUUUAGAACCCCCAGCGGAACCUAAGCUUCGUAUUUCAAACUUGAUGAGAGUAUUGGGCACAGAAGCUGUUCAAGAUCCAACCAAAAUGGAAUCUCAUGUAAGAGCACAAAUGGCAAAACGUCAAAAAGCUCAUGAAGAAGCUAAUGCAUCUCGUCGAUUAAAUCCUGAACAAAGACGAGAUAAAAAAAUAAGAAAAUUACAAGAAGAUACUUCAUUAGGUGUUAAUGUAGCCAUAUAUAGAAUAAAAGACUUAAGUAAUCCAUCAAAAAAAUUCAAAAUAGAAACAAAUAGCAAACAAUUGUUUAUGACUGGUUGUGUGAUUAUGUGUAAGGAUUGUAAUGUUGUUAUUGUUGAAGGUGGUCCUAAACAACAAAAAAAGUAUAAAAGAUUGAUGCUACAUAGGAUGAAAUGGGAAGAUGAUGUUAUUAAAAAUAAAGACGAAUCUGAACCAAAGUCAAAUAACAAAUGUUCAUUAGUGUGGGAGGGUAUGUCCAAACAACGCAAUUUUGGAGAAAUAAAGUUUAAAGUUUGUGCUUCUGAAAAAUUAGCUCGUGAGCAGUUAAAAAAACAUGGAGUAGAACAUUAUUGGGAUUUAGCUUAUAGUGAUUUGAUUAUGGAUUAA